AUGCCUUCCGCGAAGCCAUGCGCGGCCUUCGAGCCGAUCCCACCGGACUUCGAUCUUCAAGCCUUGGUCGAGUCGACGCCGAACUUUGAGUGGGUUGUGCGCAUCCAUUGCGACAUGAUAGAUCACCGAGGCCUAGAGGAUUUUGAAAAGCUGGUGCUGAUGCAUGUCAUACUGGGCGGAAAACCACUGGUAGUCGAAGGCUACGAGGCACGACUGGACAAGUGGACAUUUGCGCUACAGUGGCUGCGUGACAACUGCGGCUCCAAGGUCGAGCAUGCCAGAGAUCUGACCAAGAAGCUGAAUGUCCCACUCACCAUCGGUCACUACCUGAACAACAUGGCCUUACUCACAAAUCAGUGGACACCCCGAAAUUACAAAGAUCCCGAACGGCAACGCAUGUACCUCAAGGAUAUCGAUUGUCCCCAAAUUUGGCAUGAUAAGCUAGCAGAUGUGAUUCCACCUUCUCUAUUCUAUCUGAACGAAAGCACAGGCGAUGUGGGAGGCUUCGGUGCUGUAGACGAAAAUGACCCUAACAGGCCCGGGAUGCGAAAAGGGCGCGGAAUCGCGAAAUCCGGCGACCUGAUGAGCAGUUUGCCCAAGGAGAUGCGUGCGGAAAACAUGAUGUGCUACAUCGGUCACGAAGGAACAUACACUCCUGCUCACAGAGAAAUGUGUGCUAGCCUGGGCCAAAACAUCAUGGUUGAGGCCUCGACUGGAGCACCAGAAGACGGCAAACCCACCAAACAAGGUUCUUCGAUAUGGUUUAUGACGGAAAGUAAAGAAAGAGCAGUGGUUUCAGAGUACUGGUUGUCGAGGCUCGGCCACGAUAUUGAAAUUGAAAACCAUUUUGCACAGAUCAAUGCCUGGAAGAGUGCCCCCUUCAAGACCUAUGUUGUUGAACAGAACCCCGGAGACUUUAUCCUAAUUCCUCCUUUGGCACCGCAUCAAGUCUGGAAUCGGGGCACACGCACCAUGAAAGUGGCUUGGAACAGAACGACAGUGGAAACGCUGGAAAUGGCCAUGCGUGAAGCGCUUCCCCGAGCAAGGCUGGUCUGCCGCGACGAGCAAUACAAGAACAAAGCCAUCGUCUACUACACCUUGCAAAAGUACUCGAAGCUGCUCAAGUUGGCUGAGAAGUUCAAACAGAGAGCAAUGGGCUUAAAGCAUAAGAUGACCAAUGACACCAAGGUUCGACAGUUGCAGAAGGAUUUCCGUAGACUUCACCAGCUGUACACAGGGAUUCUCGUCUCGGAAACCUUUUUGCCUGACAAGCAGGAAAAGAAGGUUGAGCUCAUCCCGUACGACAGCAACAUCACUUGCUCUUAUUGCCGGUGCAAUAUCUUCAACCGCUUCCUGACAUGCCCUAGCUGUGUGGGGGAACUUCCGAACGGUGAGGAAGACACGUACGACAUAUGCAUGGAUUGUUAUGCAAUGGGCCGGAGCUGUGCCUGCAUUUCCAAACUAAGGUUUGUGGAGCAGUGGUCGUGGCCAGAUUUGCUCCGAAAGCACGAGGACUGGCGACAUCAGAUCUUGCAAUAUGAAGGCAGAGUGACAGAGAAGUCUCCUGUCUCCCUUAAGACGGAAUUGGAUCGCCUGGGAAACAAGAGAACCUUGGCUCAAAUAUGUCAGCUUGAGCUUGCAAGAAGACCAUUCAAUGACAUCCACCGCCCUCCGUCCCCUACUUCUCCGCAGGAUGAUGAUGCCGGAGAGCCCGAAAUUGACGACAACGGGAAUGUCAAAAAGAGGAAGAAAGCUCGCUCCAAGAAAUAUCUCAACCAACAUGCUCGAUGCCACAUUGACGGGCACUGGGAGCCGAGAUGGAAGCAGGCAUCAUGUUCAACCUGCGACAGGAAGUACUGCUAUGGUGUUUUAUUCCGCGCUUAUGAUAUGCAGCCUCAACAGAUCCUGGCGGAUCCAGACUGGCAGUGUCCAAGCUGCCGCAACAUAUGUGCUUGCCGAGUCUGCCGGAAACGUCCAGGUUAUACGCCAUACAUACCGUCAGGCACAGUUCUCGGGCACGACACCAGAGCUGUAGCCGAUCCCAGAUCCGUUGAGAGUCUCGUGGACUUCAGCUAUUCCAACCUUGGCUGGAUUCAGAAAGCGGGAGAUAACAGCAAGCUAGAUUCACAUCGAAUGAAGAGACGCCGAACCGAGGCAGACGCUGCUUUGGCAGACACGCCACAGAGCGGUAAGUUGGGGGAUAAUUAUGUCGACGACGCUGUCGAUCAUGAUGCCGUUGAGGACGGAAUCCUGAGACUUGCCCAACAAGAAGGAAUACCUAUCGACCCGGCAUUAGGUCUGGGCGCAUCGCCUGACGAAUCCCUGCUUGACGAUGAUGAUAUCUUUGAGGAGCAUCCUGAGGGCCUCAGACAGGCCAACGCAACACCUCCAGAUCAACCGCCCUGGGUUCCAGCUGGUGGUGUAAUCCGUGAUUCUGAGCAUGCUUAUGAUCCUACAGAAGCAAUCACAUAUGACUAUCCGGAUCCGGAUCUUGGCCGACACCUGACCCUUCCGACCGACGAAGAGCAGAAUGGUCAACCUCCAGCUUAUGCGCCAGCCGUGGCCGAUGAAUCCGCGGAGAUUGAGAUGGUGGUACGGAAGCGGAAACGGAAGGUGGAUGAUGGAGAUCGACCCUGGAAGUACCGAAAACCCGCGAUCAAGAACAAGAAGCAAAGAAAGUCACUCAUCGUUAAGUUACCUGUCGACAAGGAGAAGCUCAAUCAAGUCGACCAAAUGAUAAAUGUUGCAAAGCAAGCCCUAAAUGGAGCACCGGAAGUUCCAGUGCCUGUCAUUGGGUCGGAUCUACAGGCCCUCAAUGCCGCAGAAGGAAACCCGCAACAGACGUCCAAAAGAAAUCGGGGUGUUGAACACACAAUCGUUGAUGUCGAUGAAGAAUUCACUCCUGGCCGCUCCCGCGAUCGUAGGAAGUCUGCACCAGACGGAGCAUCGAGGCCGUCGGCAGAUCCUGAAAUUACAAGGCGCACUACGAGAAUGCUGAAUAUCCAUUUUGAGGAACCGGACGAAGAGGAGUUCAAUGACGUCCUUCCACUGUCCAGAGAGACCAGGACUAAACCCACGCCAAAGGUUGUACGACUUGAAGAGCCAGAUUCCGACUCCGAUGGUGACUCAGGCACCAGGGAAGUGAGUGUCGAUGAUCUCGAGACUUCGGAGCCAACUCCACCUGUCAAGAUGGCCGUAGAUCCAGCGCUGAAAUCGAAGCCGGCAGCACCUCAGCAGUCCGCGCUUCGUAACAACCACGUACCUUCCGCGAGUAAAAGUCAGUCCAUGCUACCACCUACCGACACUGGACCAAGGAAAGCAGCAGGGAAGAUGCCAUCUCUCACUACGAGCAGCAGUAUGAGGGCACUAGAAGUUGCGCAGGCCAAUCGGCGAGCUAAGAUGGCGGCUUUUGAAGAUAUCGAGAAUGACUUGGACGACUUUGACGACUUUGAUUCAUCUUCGGAAGAUUCAUUCCCGGCCAAAUCGGCUAGUCUCCCGAAGCAAUCUGCUGCGGCUACGAGACCUCCGGCACAGCCCACUGUUGUUAACGGCCACACCAACGCUGCGCAAACUCAGCACCAGGCAGGUUUAGUUGCUGCUAAAGCCUCAGUCGCCGACUGGGGGGAGAGUGACUCUGAUGACGGACCAUCAGCCCGAAAGCCGGCACCAGGAUGGACUAGUGUAAAUGGAAAGACGUCGACACGUGGGGUGGCGAUAAAGCCCCCUACUCCCAAAAAGCGCGGCAGACCGCCAAAGUAUGUCUUUUGA